GUGAAGCCUCUCUUAGGCUAGUUUUGAGAAUUGGAGCCAGCAUGGAUUUUGCUUUGUGGUGCUGCGAAUCAGAAGAUGAAGAGCCAAAUAAUAGAAGAGUUUCUCAGGAUUCAGCAUUGACUGAGCCACGCAUCCUGGAAAGUCUUCUCAACUUAGAGACACGCUAUCUGCCUUCUGCAUCCUACUUCAGUAGCUUGCAGAGUGACAUCAGACCAGGCAUGAGAACAAUGCUUGCCAAUUGGCUACUUCAGGUAUCUGAGGAGCUGGGCUGCUCAGAUGACAUCUUCUGCUUGUCUCUGAACCUUCUUGAUCGUUACCUUUCCUUGGUCCCAUUGGAGCGCUCUCAGUUUCAGUUACUAGGUGCCGCCUGCCUCUUUAUUGCAUGCAAAGUGCGUCAUAGUGACACUCUGUCUGCAUAUAGCCUCUGCUUCUACUCGGACUUUGCCUUCACAGCCAGUGAGCUGCAGGAAAUGGAGCGGAUUGUACUGAAUGCUUUGCGUUGGGAUGUUGCUGGUAUCACACCUCAAGACUUCCUGCCUCACUUCCUGGAGGUUGCUGGCCUUAGAGAAAGUAAAAAGGGAAAUGAUAAGAACAGUGUGAAAAGAAUACUAUGCAGCCAUGCCAAAACUCUGGUGAUCCUCUGUGUAACCGAGACUGCCUUUCUGGCUUUUCCUCCAUCACUGGUUGCGGCUGCAAGCCUAAUAUCUGCACUCAAAGGAAUGAUGCCAGCGAUCAUCCAGUCAGUGACAGGUCUGGCUCACCAUAUUGCCAAAGCUGGCUCUGCUGACCUUGAUGUAAUACUCUUGUGUGUUGAACAGCUGGAAUGUGCUCUCACAGCCCGGAUAGAGGAUGGGAAGAGAAAUGAAAGGAAAAAUAAGAACAUAGAAGAGUUGGAGAGAUCUGCAACACCAACUGACCUUCAAGAUGUGGACCUUUAAGAUACUGUAAAUAUAAUCAGACUAUCAUAUUCCAAUUACUUUUUUGUGUUAAAAGACUAAUGAACAGAAGUGUAAUAUUUAAUCAAAAGAAUCACCUUGGAAUAUUUUUCUGUCCCGCAGCACAAUGGUAAUGCUGCUGCUUUGCAGUAAGAAGACCAGGGUUCUGAAUAGAAUAUAAAUGUUCUCCCUGUGUCUGCAGGGGU